CGCUUGUUCGCUCGUUCGCUCUUCCUUCGCUCGAAAGGGCGGUGCGGGGGGGGGGGAGUCGGACAGGAGAAAAGGAGAAAAAGUCGCAGCGGUCGCACUACGCACGCCUCUCUCUUGCUUGUGCCUUUCUCGACAAGGUUCCUACGAGCAAGGGGGGCGGUGAGCUGCGGAUGAUCAAGUCGAUGGCAGCCUGCCUGAUGCUGAUUGGCCAGGGCGAUACCGGAUAUCGGUAUCCUUUCUUGCCAGUGGUGUUGAAGACGACGAGCUGUGGUGGUCAUCAGCCCAAGAGGCAGUGUAGCACUGCACCAGUGUCUCACCCCUUCUGCGGUUGGCUGCAAGCGGAGAGCGGGGCAGAGUGCCCCCGUCUGGCAGGUUUUGGCAGGAACUACACCGCACAGAAUCGCCCCACAGAAGAGCAAGGGGGUAAAAGCGGGGACACGGCUGUCAUGCCCUGGUGCUGGGAGACAGCACUGUCGCCAAGAAUAGGAAAAGAAACACUGACCAGCAACCGCCCUCUUGAUUUUGACUUAUCUCUCUCUCGUCUUCGCCGCCCUCACAAUCUCACCAUACACCUCUAACCCUUCAUUCCCCAAAGUCCAUAGUGGGAGCUUGCAGCGCUCGCAGACUGGUUGCAAGCGGACAACAUGCAACGGGAUGGAGUUUGCCCACAGUCUCUACACCCCCUGCACGUCAAUUAGAAUCUGGUGGAAGAGAGACUCGUCAUCUCAGCAGAUCGAAGCACUGAGGCGCGUGCAUACUCAUACACGGUGCCUACAGGUGCCAAUCCUCCAGCUGGCUGACCGAGCUGCGU